AUGUUCUCACGAUUAAGGUUACCGCGCAUCGGCGCGGGCAUCGCCGCCGCCGUCAGAGCAGCACCCGCCAGACCUCUCCAACAGCGCUCGAUACACUACGUGCCCCAGCUCUCCCACGACUUCAAGGACGGCGUCCCGGGCCUGCUGUCGGCCGAUGGCUACGAUAUGGCGUGGAACCAGUACAUGACGCUUAUCCUUGACAAGCUCAAUGCCUUGAUUGCAGGCACCGACCUCGAACAACGCGACGUCAAACAAAUCCUCCUCGCCUCCGCCCAAGACCCCUCCCAAGCCCCCGUCUUCAACAACGCCUCCAUGGCGCACAACACCCACUUCUUCUUCAAAAACAUCACCCCGAACCCGAAACCCAUGCCAGAGUCCCUCGCCGCAGAGCUCUCCCACUCCUUCUCCUCCAUCGACACCCUCCGCCGCGAAAUGAUCCUUACCGCCUCCUCCAUGUUCGGCCCCGGCUUCGUCUGGCUCGUCAAGGCAGGCCACCAAGACUACCGCGUCCUGACGACCUACCUCGCGGGCUCUCCCUACCCGGGCGCCCACUGGCGCCUCCAGAGCACCGACAUGAACACCGUCGGUCUGGGAGGCUCCGCCAAGAACUACUUCCAGCGCAGCGCAGCGGCGCAGAGACCUGGUACGAAGCCGCCCGGCGCGCUUGAUGCCGUGCCGCUUUUGUGCCUGAACACGUGGGAGCACACGUGGAUCCGCGAUUACGGGCUUGGUGUCGGCGGUCGCGGUGGCAAGAAGGCGUUUGCUGAGGCGUGGUGGGAGGUUAUUGACUGGGAGGCUGUCAACACUGCGGCGGACAUUCCUUCCCGGCCACAGUUCAUGCGGUAA